UUGUCCCUGCCAACAUGGUCGCCACGUCGGCGGCGCUGGGCCUAUCUAGACUAUCAGCUGGCCGGCAUUUGAAGUGCACACCAGCACACAAACUUUGGACCGCGUUAACUCGGCCGUUGACGUCACGCGUUUCGUCCAGCUGUAUUUCUGUCGGUGUCGUCUGCCUCGGUGCUCUGAUAUGAGGAUCGUGGCGUCAUCAUUGGCGACAAUGAAAGCGGCACUCAAGUCACAUUGGGCCUGUCACAGCCUUGACGUGUGUUCAUCUAGUUGCGAUGCCGUUUUCGGGCCGCCUCUCUCGGUUUCGAUGUGCUCUUUCCCGGUGAGAUCUGCGACAAGGCGAUGAGGAUGAGUCAGAGGGCCUUUUCAAUCAAGGCUCGGGUUGACGCUGCAGGAAGCAAAAGCAACGCGCAAUCGGGCUCUCUCCCAAGACUAAACCCACAGCCCCGCACCGUGGUCUUCCAAACCAAAACACAGACGCACAAAAGCACCCCGGACAAGAAAUUCAAUCCAUAUAAAAAAACUGAAGAAAUUAAGCUGAAGUUGCCUCCAAUCAAUACUGUUUCGAAGACCAGGAUCCAUUCGUCAUACUCAAACAGCAUUAAUGAGCUGAAAAACCAGAACUAUGACCUGAAGCUGCAGCUGGUGGAAGUCAAAACGGAGACCAAGCUGUUGAAGAAAGUUCAGCAUCGCCACACAGUGGCACUGCAGCAAUUCCAAGACUCUGAGGAGGGUGUUUCUGAGGUACUAAAUCAGAACGACGGCGAGGUCAGAGACUUGCAAAAGUUGCUCUGUGGGACGCGGACCUGCCGUAACAACCUGGCCUGGAAGCUGCAGGUCACAGAGAAAGAGCUGACCAAUGUUAAAGACAGGAUCCAUCAUCUCCAGCAGAGGGUCAUUAAGGAGCAAGCUUUGCCGGCGAAGGACGAACUAUCUCGCAAGCUAACUGAGGUCUCCAUAGAGUUGCAGGAGAAGGACAAGCGAAUAAAUGAUUUAGAGAAAUGUAACAUAUUACUACGAGGCUCCCUCAAUCGCCAAGCAGCAACAGAGCAAAAGAAAAUCAACAUGGCCAGAAAGACAUCCUUCUGUCUACAAACACAAGUUUAUGAGUUAUCCAAGGAAACUCGGGACAUCAAAAGAGAGCUGGAGAUACACAAUAUUUAUGCACUCAGACUCCAGAACCAACCCAAAAAGAAAGGCAAACAAAACAAGAUGGUCCAGACUGAGGUGGUCGUCUCCACGCCUUGCAGUGAGGUUGAGAGUCGUGUUAAGUCGGAGAUUUCUGAAUCUGAUGAGAAGCAAACGUUUGCGAAACCUGCCUGUAAUACGGCCAUCGCUGAGAGACGCGUUUACCAGGAGAGUGUACCUCAGGAAUCGUAUACGAUUGAAGGUCCAAGGAGUGACCGAGAGGACACUGAAACUCCAGUUCCAGAGGUUGAGGAGAUCCCCACUCAGCCACCUGAGGUGAAGUCAAUUAUUGAGAAAGAAGUGACAGAAGAGAAGAAGCCAGACGUGCCGGAGCAGCCAGUGAAACAAGAAGAGACUGCGGUGGUUUGGUUCCCAACGCCACCUGAGCAGAAAGUGUUUGGACGCUCUAAACUCCAAAGACGUAAAUACUUUUUCUCACCAGUGGUUGAGAACUUGCAUAAGGGGAGACCAGCCUACCCCGGGCUCACCCUAAAUGAAUACAGAUUAUUACAGAGACAGAGGAAAGGCAUGAGUUUGAGUCGACCAUGUUCUUCAAAUUCACCAGCUUGGAAAUCAGAUUACGUAGAAGGUACCUCCCCGCGUACGAUCCAGACACCCCAACCCGAAGUGGUCCCUUUUGUUCCACCGGCAGUCUCUGAUUUGGAGUCAAACCAUGAUGUCUCAAAAACAUGAGCUCUGUUUAUUCAACGCUGUUGAGUAUAUGCCCUGCUGCCAUUUUGUACCAGCUGGUUUUAACAGCAGUUUAUUUUCAAGGAUCAGGAUUUAUUCUUUUUUACCCACUUGGAAUUAAAACUAGAUCUAGGCAUAACAAAUGCACACUCCCAACGCCAAAUCAGAUGAAAAUACACCUGCACACCAAUAAGUCUCUGGAGGUGUCAAUAAAAGCUAAGAUUUAGCUUGACAAACAUUAUUGGACAAUCUCUGGUGUGGUUAUCACUUUACCACUGACAAUAAAUAGUGAAGUAUUCCAGGUAUCAUUUAAUGAACCUGAGAGGUGUCAAUGUGUAGUCCCUACAAACAGAGCACUGAUUAUCAUUAAAAAUAAGAAAAUCAGUAAAAUUUUGAUAGAAUGCCUGCUACCUCCAUCCUCGUGUAUUGUUACUCAGUAUUUGUACAACUUGGAUUUAGGAAAACGAUCUGAACGCUUGAAGUUCAUUUAAAAAUAGCAUGCACAUGGAUUGUGUAUUUUUGACUAUCUUCCCUUUUACCUGAGCUACCUCAGCCAUUUUGAGUCCUAUGUUUUCUUUUUUAAAUCAUAGGACUCAUUUGGCAUAGAAUAAGUCCUAACUAUUUGGUUGAAAUUAGUGACGGGUAGAGCACUGAUUUGACCAUUGACCUUAUCUACCUCAGCCUUCUUGUGUUGGAUAUUCAAAAUAGGUGUCUUUCUCUGUCAAAGAGCACUGAAAGUUUGACUCCUGGUGGAGAAUGGCAACCUGUUAAAAUACCCGCAUUGGACAUGGCAGACUGUUGCCAAAUCCCUUGUAGUCCAUAGUCUAAAUGAGGACCUAACCAAGAACUUUACUCAUGGGUUGGGGAUUUAAAGAUGCAGGUUCAAGACCUAAGGAACAAAAAUGUACAAGAACAGAGAACUUGCUAUGGAUCAAUGGAAGCACUAUGUGCUUGGCACUCCCCAGGAGCCCUUGAGCAAGGAACCAACUCCCCAACAGUUUAGGGUAUGACUGCUUAUGCAGCUCCUUUACUCUUAAAUCACUCCCUUUGUACAUGUAUGUGUAUUCUGGUAUAUGUGCAUGCAGUAAAUUGCAGUACAGGAAUGAAAUAAUUUAUAUUAAAGGAAUGUUCUUUUUCUUAAAUCAGGCUGAUGAUACGGCAGAAGUAACUGCACUACA